UGUGGUAUCUCGAGGAAAGGGGUAGAACCCCCCGCUACUUUCAAGGUUCCUGCAAAUGUGAAUGUUGAUGACCAACUCAAAGAUUUCAAAAAUCAUGUGAAUCAGGUUUCUUUUCAAGUUGACAAGAUUACUCAAAAGAAAGAUGUAUGCUCUUCUCUGGAUUCUGUAGAUGUGAAUGAUCUAGGUUUACAUGAUUCCUCUGAGUCAGUUAUUGGAAAGCCCAGGGAUUUCAACUCUAUAAAGAAGCGAAUGGAAGAUAAGGGUGAUAAUGGCUACAAGCAUGUUCGAGAGAUUUACGCUGAUGUGAGGUGGAUUUUGAAGAAUGCUAUGAAAUGUAAUGAUGAAAGGAGUGAUGCUCAUGUGACAGCCAAAACUCUACUGGCAAAAUUUGAGGGAAAGUGGCUCGUACUUUUGCCAAAAAUCAUGCAAGAGGAAGAAAGAACAGAUGAAGAGGCAGGUUUGAAACAGACUUAUCAUGCUCAGAUGGCAAAGGACGUAAGCUGUGAGCUUUACAAGGUUGAUAAGCGCCUAAAUGAACUUAGAGAACUCAUGCUCCAAAGGUGCAGGAGAAUGUCAACAAUGCAGAAAAGAGAACUUGGAAGAGCUCUGACAAAGCUAUCUGCGGAUGAUUUAACAAAAGCUUUGGAGAUUCUUGCUCAGGGAAAUCCGUCCUUCCAAGUAACAGAAGAAGAGGUGGACCUCGACAUAGAUGCUCAGAGUGAAUCCACCUUACGGAGGUUGAAGUAUUUUGUUGUAGAGAGAUUGAAAGCUAAAGCUGAAGAUGAAGCCAAACAAUUAACUAACAUUGGUGGUGACAAAAAUGAGCGGGGAAAUGGUAAGACUCUUGUGAACAAAUCCAAGGCUUUGAAGUCGGACUUGAAGAGAAAAGCAGAGAAUAAGGAUGCCCCUGCAAAGAAAAAGACCAGAAAGGUCGGGUCAAUUUUUUUGUAGUAUGGAUUAGUAAGUUAAGUUGCAUAUUGUCAUAAGAUGUGGUUUGAUCUGACAGUGCAAGGAAAGGCACAUCUCUUUUGUUCCUUACCCCUUUUGGCUAUUAGUAAAAAAUGGUAGGUAUAUCAUCAGAUCAGUAUUGAGCAACGUUUGUAAAGAGGUAGAAUAUGAACUUAUAUAGUAUACAUAUAUAUAGCGAGUAUAUAUUUUGAGCUA